AUGAACAGAAUUAAAGUGCUAGGACUGGUACUCAUGUACUAUGUUCUGUCGCUAAGUCUGGGAUAUCUGACUUCGUUUCUGCUUUCCAGGAAGACAUAUAAUUUCAGCUUUCCUUUGUUCAAGGCAUCGAUACAGAAUCUGAUUCACUUCCUUGGUGCAUCCACAGUGCUAAGGCUACAGAAGGAAAAAGCUCCAAAGCCCAACUACUUUGGACCAUCUUUUCCAUGUGCGAUUGCAGGUGCAACGGACAUAGGACUUUCGUCGAUAUCCCUGAGGUUCACAACCCUUGCAUUCUAUACAAUGGUGAAGUCCUCAUCCCCGGUAUUCAUCCUUCUGUUUGGAUUUGCACUUGGAAUUGAGAAUCCAUCGAUAACGUUUUUCCUGACUAUCUUCACCAUAGGCGUGGGUGUGUUUCUCACAUCGAUAAAGAACACAAGCUUUGACAUUGUCGGCUUUGGAACAAUCUCACUUGCCUCUCUGAUGGCGGGAUUUAGAUGGGCGUUUGUCCAGUACCUCAUUAGGAACCAGGAGGCUAGAAAAGAGGGGGUUUUUGUCACCAUGAGAGAUCUCUGCCUCCCCAUAUCGUUCCUCCUUCUUCUCAUCUCUUUGCAUGUCGAGGGACUCAUGGAGAUAGCAACCUCAAGGUUUUUCAACACGUUCGAUGCUGCUAUGAGGAACUUUGGAUACAUUUCGCUCUGCGGUGCCCUGUCGUUCAUGCUGCUGUGUGCAGAGUUUUCGCUUGUUUCAGAAACGGGGGUUGUGUUCCUGAGUGUUGCUGGGAUUGUCAAGGAGCUGAUUAUUAUUUUCUAUGCGAUAAUAACAAAGGACAUUGUUCUGAGCAGCCUAAACUAUGCUGGGCUGGGCAUAAGUGUUGCGGGCAUAUUAAUAUACAAUCUCAGUAGGAAGCCGCUUUCCUCGCACUGA